AUGCGACAGCUCUCGUCGUACAAGCUGCAGAUUGACCCGGCGCUGCUGUCGUCACCACACGACUUUGCGAGACGGAUUAUGCGGCGGGACAACUACCUUAUUGCGAUCAUGAAUCACUCGCUUUUUGAGAGCAAGAAGUUACUGCCAACGUCGCUGCAAUUUCUUUCGACGUCUCACAUCAUGUGCUCGAGAAACAUGGAGGCCAAUCUGAACAUUUGUCUGCUCGAUCAAAUGUUUGACGCGGAGCUGAACUUGGCUCCAUCAGUGAUCCACAAUGCGGAGAUGCUCAAGAAACGCUUUGUGAUUGCAGGAGUGCUCAACUUCGUGUUGGCGCCGUUCAUCUUGUUGUACCGUCUUUCGCGUUUUUUCUUCUUGGCGGCUCAAGAGUGGCAGACAAACCGUGUGUACUACUUUGGCACUCGUCGCUGGUCAACGUAUGCUAUCUGGCGGUUUCGAGAGUACAAUGAACUCCCGCAUGUCCUUGAUGCUCGGAUGGCACGUUCGUAUGCGCUGGCGGACCGUUACUUGGGUAUGUUCCCGGCUGGCUCGUUAGCUAUAAUUGCUGGAGGCAUCUCUUUUUGCGCAAGCUCGAUAAUGGCCGUUCUCCUUCUUGUGAGUCUUUUGGAAGAAUCUGUGCUGCUGCAAACAACACUGUUUGGCCACGAACUGUUGUGGUACCUGACGGUCUCAGCAGGCGUCUUUGCGUUAUCACGAUCGUUCACGUCUUCAGCUUCUCCCUUUCUGGUAAACGGUGACUGCGAGGAAGCAAUGGUGCAAGUUUCCGCGGAGACACACUACUUUCCAAAGGAGUGGAGAGGCCAGUGUCACUCGUUCGAGGUGCGGGACGCGUUCACUGUGCUGUUUCCUUUCAAAGCUGUGCUCUUUGCUGAAGAGGUUGUUUCCGUCUUUUUGGCUCCGUACAUCUUGUGUGUGUCACUGCCGCGGCUCGCUCGGGAGAUCCUGCUCUUCUUGCGAUCGCACUCUCUAGUACACCCUAGUACCCGAGCUGUGUGUCGGUUCGCAGAAUUUGACUUCAAAGAAUAUGGCAAUGAUGCUAAGAUGGAAAGUUCGUUCAUUAAUUUCAAGCAGAACCACCCGAAGUGGGUUGGCGAUCGCGAAGGUGAGGCGCUCAUGCAUCGCCUGGGCAAGUUGAAGGAGGAAGAAAUGGAGAAGUCGAUGCGGAUGGGUGACACGAUGAUGUACAGUAGCCCCACGCUGUCAAUGUCGCAGCAGCUUAUGCAGUCUCAAGCAAUUCACAGCGCAAUGGGUGGCGGACCUAUGUCUGGCUAUAUGCCUCAGGACAACGAGUUUUACUGGCUGGAAAAGCUCCAUCAGCAAGGUCGGAUCGGCGAGUUGGAUCUGGAGGGUAUGAAGCGUUACUCUGUUGACAGCAUUUCCGCUUCAAGCGUUGGAUCCCCAUGA